CGUUCGGUUAGCGGCACAUCGUCGGAAGACGAGACGUCGGAUAGUGCGAUAAGUACAGACGUUGAAUCAAAAUAUGCUGGCCUACAUCCGCCGGAUCCACAUGAGCUGAGAAUUGCCCUUGCCGCAAGUGCUUUUGUUGAAGAAAUGCGAGGAGUUGAAGCGGAAACAGAUGAUGAAAUAGCUGAAAUAUCUGCUCAUGUUGAUAAAGUACGAUGUAGUCCUUCAGCUCCGGUAAGUCCAAGUUGGAGGGAAGGUCUUGAAAGUCCACCAUUUUCACCGCGGAGAAGAGACAGCUAUCCGGGUAAACGGAGAGGUUCCUCACCAGUGUCGCCAAAAGAUAAAAGGUUUACUUAUACCGAUAUUUCCCCACCUUCGCGGCAGUUGUCACUAGAAGAAUUGUAUGACAAAGAGGCUCAUUCAACAAAUAAUGACCCAUCUCUUGUACCAUUUGCUCAACGCCCUUCGCCAAAAAGUCCUGACGAAAUGAAAGACUCUUUCUAUAGCAAUUCCGGAGAGGUCAUGUCUUUCGACAGACCGACGUCUAGUUUGAAGAAAAGUAAACCUUUUUAUUCAUUAGAAGAUGCUGCAAAUGAUACGACCGAUACCACAACGAUAAUGGAUUUAGCAACAUAUGCUGCAACAGUAGCCAGCAAUACUGCAAAUUUAACAUCUAUGUCCGUCUCACCAACAAAUAUUAUAGAUGUCAAACAUGGUCAUGAAUCACCAGAAAGUAUUGGCAGUUCGUCGCCAGUAUCGCCGUAUUACGAUAAUGUUCCUUACAAAGAUGAACAUCAGCCGGACGAAGAAUCAGAAGAAGAUAUAGAGCUUGCUGAUCCUUCACAAAAGUCUAUCGAUUACCAAGGAAGCAAGAGACAAAAAGCAAGGCCACCAACUACGGACUGGUCCCCUGUGAUAGAUUUGUCGCCAAUUUUAGAUGUGUCACCAUCUUUAGAAGAAGCUGAACAAGCAGAAAUGCUAGCCGAGCAGCAAGCUGAGCGACAACGUCAAGCAUCAAGAGAAGAUGAUGCAUAUUCACCAGCGAAUACUUUCAUUGCUAUAGGCGAUCCUGAUAAUGAACCAGACUAUCAGUACUAUGGUUUAAAAAGAUAUGAAGUUGUUGAAGAUAUAAGUGAACUUGUAAAACAAAAUAAUGGAUGCUCGCCUAUGUCUAUUGCAUCAAAUGAAAGUAGUGAACAGAGCAAUGGUAAUAUGAAUCAAAACGAACAUAAAAGCUGUAAAGAUGUAGCUGCAUUUGAUGCAAAAAUGCCAACGCAGCCUACUCAGUUUUCGAGUAUUAUCUCGCAUUCCGCUAGUGAUAAAAUGGUUGCUAAAUUGCAUCACCAUGAGCCAAAAUGUUCAAGAAGUAAUGAAAGUCCUACAAAUCCUGGGCAUACUGACACAUCUAAAAAGAUAAAACCAGUUGCACCAAAGGAUGAAGUCACGCAAUUUACCAAUGCAAAUAUUUCAGAUUCAGCCACUACAACACCAUCCAAGGGAAAAUCGCGACGUAAGUUACCUGAACCAAACGCCGAAAUAAUUGCAACACAAAAAGCACCAGUUCCAAAACCGCGGCGAAAGGAUAAAGUCGCAGAACCACCUCCGCCAAAGCCAGCAAGGAUGGCGAAAACCGAACCACAAGAACCAACUCGAAAUCCACCCAUUCUUCAUCAGUCUGUUUUUGCAAGUAAACAACAAAGCAAAAGUCAAGAAAAACCCGUUCAAAAGCAAAGCUCAGAGGAACGCCGCAGAAAAGCCAAAGACAUGAAAGCUAAACCUGAUCCACUGAUUAUGAGCCAUUUAGAACAGGAAGAUGCAUCAGCCUCGCCUCAGUAUAAAGUAUUAGAAUCUCCUCCGAGCCCGGAAAACAAAUCUGCCAUUCGUCGAGAGUAUUCAGAUAGCACGUCAGUCUCUCCUUCGUCUUCCCCUGACAGAGAAUCUUUUCUCUACCCAUCGCCAGUAACACCCCCAGAUUCAGAUUCGUCACCACCUAAACCGCAUUCACCCUCAUCGGGAACAGAUUUUGAAGAUGAAUUUAUUCUAGUUUGUGAUGACAGCGCAUACUUGAAGCCGAAGGAGAAGGUCCGAAAUGCAUCGGUUCCAUCAGAAAGACGACAAGGCGCCAAACACAGUCAUGACAGGGACAAUCACGAAAAACCUAAAAGCCACGAAAAGGAUCAGCAUUCACACCAUUCAAAGAACAAACAACAUUCUCCACAAUCCAAGGAUCAUAAACAGAAGGAAAUGAAGAAAGUUCGGCGUAAGCUUCCGCCUAUCCCGGCCGAGGAGGAACUUAAUCAAAGCGCAAAGCCUAAGCAACGUCCUGUUCCUCCUAGAAAACCUCCACCUCGGGCAGACAAUAGAAUACUAAAGAACAAAUCAUCAGCAUCAUCGACAAGUGAUGAUUCAUCAAUGAAUGAAGAUGACAAAGAAGUGGCGAGUAUUACUAGAAAGAAGCAAAUUAACAACCUAGACAAACCAUCCAUUGAUAAGCGAAAUGGAAACUAUCUUAAAAGUUCAAAUGCACCAGAUAUCAAGAGACCCGAGGAUUACGUUGAAAUAAAUAUUCCACCGGAUUUAGAAAUGUUGACUAUGAAAAUAAAAGAUGACACUAUUUCAGACAGUUAUCAUCACGAAACGGAUGCAAUAAUAGAUUCUUUAAUAAAUAUAUAUGGUGCACCUAUAACACAAGCAAUGAAAGGGUUGAAAAGACGACUACAAGAUGAGCUCAGACGGGUUACAGAAGGUAGGCGAAGAAAAAUCGAUGAAAUUGAAGAACUUCGCGUACUUAAAUUUCAGUUAGGAGAACUAAGAAUCGGUGCGUCAAAUAAAUCAAACUUGUCGUCGUCGGGAAGUAAUGGUAAGAAAAGAACUACAUCAAACUCAAGAACUUCACCACAAAUGAUAAACAGACGAGCAAGGCACAAAAGGCAGUCGUCAGAUCCUAUGGUAGCAAAGUUUUCUCCAAUUAAAGAAGAUAAAGACAUUGAAUCAGAAAUUCAAAUAGUUGCGUUAGAUGACAGUAGAAGUUGUAGAACUGCUGAUGAUAGUUCGCAAUCUGGAAUAAGUGAUACAGACAGUGCACGUUCUGAACCUAUUAUCGGAAACGUUGCAAAUUGUAAGAAAAUUAAACCUACAGACUAUGCCAAAAUGUUUUACACCCUUCAUGCUCAAUCAUCAGAAACACUGGAUACAUCGGUUAGAAAAGCAAAGCAACCAUCUCCUCAGUUAAUUUCUAGUCAUUCCGACGGACACUUACCUGUCAAUGCUGAGGAGGAUGAAGAAACGCGACAACGAGAAGAGAAACGACGAGAGUUACAAUUUGAAAUAGAAAAACGUAGAAAACAAUUAGCGGAAAGGGAAGCUAAAUUAAAAGAAGCUCGUUCAAGUAUAGGUGCUACAAGUAAGCAAUUAGCUCAAAGCUGUGACGAAAUUUCAACAAGGAUAAACAUUCCAUCGUGUAUUCAUCCUCGGCCUAUUCCGACUGGUAUUAUUAAACCUAUUGACGAUGAAGAUGAUAAUAUACAAACUAAAGCUAAUUUUCAAAAUCAGACAAGUUAUAGCUCAACGGAAUAUUUAGCUCAUAAACAAGAAGAGAUCAUGCGACAAAGAUUGGAAGGACUAACCUCAUUCUCAUCUCCGUAUUUAUAUAGUGCUGAAUUUGGUGAAAAAAGUGCUUUUGUUCCCCAACCAGCAAGAAGUAACUUAGAUUCCUACUCCUAUUCUACGGGUAAUGUGAACGUUAGUAGGGACAUAGGUAUAUGUAGUAGUGCAACUUUACCAAAUAUGCCUAUUUCUAAAGCCGAUUUAGAAAAUAACAAUCGUCCCGUUUCGGAUACAGAGUCCAGUCCACCUCAUGUUCCUACUCCAGCCAUGCCUCUGCUGUCGGAUGUUAAAGCCAGAUCCAGAAAAAUCAUUCAUGAAAUAGGAACAGGCAGUAGACCUGUAUCUGCCGAGUUUAAUCUUGGAGUAGAAGAGAGUGACAACAGUGUGGAUGCUGACGAACCAAUCAUGAAGCACCUGAUGGAAGGGGGCGUGACCAUUCUCAAACAACUAGAAAGAAAGAAACAGCCACCGCCUUCAGCGCCAAAGAAAUAUGACAAUUCUGUGAAAAGGAUUCUUCUUACAACGGAUCCAAAAGAGAAAUACGGAAAAGGUCGGCCAGGAAAUGGGGUAGGCAUGAAAAUUGUCGGAGGCAAAAACAUUCCAGGCACAGAGAGAGUAGGAGCAUUUGUAGCCACAAUUUUCAAAGGAGGUGUUGCAGACCAGUUACAUGGAGAAGUGAACGAAGGUGACCAGAUAUUAGAAUGGAAUGGAAUAGAACUUACUGGGAAGUCAUACGAGGAGGUCCAACAAAUUAUUUCACAAGCUCCUAACGGCGAAGUAGAAUUGGUGAUCAAACCUUCACUUAUUACCAAGAAGGUUAUGGGGGACACAACUGCGCAGGCGCCAAGUUGCCAUUCGUCGUAUGACAAUUUGGAAAGCGAUGAGGAAAGCGAAAUAAAACGGAGACCUGCUCAACAACAAGGCGUCGAUCCCAAACAACUGGCUGCCACCUUAGAAGAAAUUGAAGAAGACGAGUCCCCUUGUCUGUCCCAUUCUUCUUCUCAACACGAGUCCAACACUGCCAGCGCUUCAUCAGGAUGCAGCUCACCCAUGUCUGAGCCAACGUCAACGUCUUCCGACCAGAAACGUAAUAAAAGAGUUAUUGCCACAGCAACAGCUUCUGUAGCGUCACCAACACAUCUUCAAAGGAAGGCCGUUACAAAAUCUUCUAAUAACCGCACUCGAUAUGGAAGCCAAGGCCAUUUGCAGACUGCCCCGCCAGAUCAGUCAUUGAAAACUUCUCAUUCUUCCUCAGAGUACAUGUACAAAACUAAUGAAUCCUCAACACCGCCUAAACCACAACCACAACCUCGAAGUAAGCCGACGAUAUCUUUAGAACCGCCAUCUUACCGCACUUCAAACCAACCAAGAUCGCCUCCAAAACUGGACAAACAACAAAGUGAAAAGCAGGAACAAAAGAAAAAGGAACUUAACCAACAAUCCAACUCCUUUGAUGACUUUAUCCGGAUGUCCCAGCAUGCAGGGGUUGAUGAAAGACAAAUGUCGCCAUCAAAACGGCCAUCUAAACGGGGUCUGUCUUCCUCGGCAAGCGAACUUGCACGAAGACAGUCGGAAGAUGAAAUAAAGAAAUCGCCAAAAGGAUCCAGCCGGGGAAACAGGCAGAUGGGCGAUAUUCAGUUAAAGCUGAAUCAUGAUGAAGACACAAGCGAAUUCAAAUGUCGCGUAAUUCAGGCCAGAAAUCUGCUGCCAAUGGACCUUAAUGGGCUUUCCGAUCCCUUUGUGAAACUCUACCUCUUACCUGGCCGCUGCAAAGGAGCUGUAUGUGCCGACAAUAAAAGAAGGACAAAGCAUAUUGCCCGAACACUGAACCCAGAAUGGAAUGAAACUGUUGUUUUCCCUGAUGUACAUAUUGAAGAGCUACGAAACAAAACUCUAGAAGUUACAGUGUGGGAUUAUGAUAGAUUCAAAGCUAAUGAUUUCCUUGGAGAAGUUGUUAUAGACUUUUCAGAAGAAUCAUUUUUGGACAAUAUGCCUCACUGGUAUCCGCUCUGUGGACAUGAAGAUGUGAAAGGGCUAGAUAUACCUCAGCCGACCGUUCUCCCACCAAAACAUAGCAGAGCAAACAGCGUCUCCCCUAGAUCAGUGACAGCCGAUAAACAAAUUGGUGGUGGAAGGGGUGACAGAGGAAGGCCCGGGCUAGGUAGACGUCGGCGAUCUUUCGACACUCUCCAAGACGUGGAUAAAGUCUGAAUCUUCACUCUGAACAGUUCAGCUGAUUAAUAUAUCUGUGAUUUCAUACUGCUGUGAUCAUAUAAGGUGUCAUCAACCCCUGAAGGUGGCGAAUGAUAUUCGAAUGGAAGAAGGAAAUGUCAACCAACUUUCUGAGGAAUUGAUUAGAGACUUGAAAAAACAUCCUAACAAUUACAUAGUUUACUUUCCAAGUUUUAUCGCAAAAUAAGGACAUUAUACAACAUAAUUAUUUUAAUCAGAUUUAAGAUGUCCCAGUGGGGCGAAAUAACACUGAAAUACGGGACACUUAGUGUGAGAACUAUAAACUUUCAAAGCUCAAUGUUUUUCAUAGAAAGAUAAUUAUUGCCAUAGAAAAUAAUGCAAUAAAAGAUGAAUUCGACAGAUGCAUGCUCACACGUACAUCUAAUAAGGUAGCCUAAACAACUGUUUAAAAACAGUAAUUCUCAGUCAGAACUCGGACGUAAAGCAAAAUCGAUUGUGUUUAUUAGGAGAAAGAAUUAUACGGGAAAUUCACUUGUUCCCAUUAAUGAUGAUAAAUUACGCCACCGAAAACUGCUGAUUACAAAUGAGAACACAUUUUCACCUUGUAUCUAUAGAGAAACUUUAGUAAGAAAAGUAUAUCGAGAACACAGUCAUAUUUCAACUCUCUGGCCACUUUUGUUCGAAAUCUAAUUCAUUCCGUUUCUUUAUUGGUACGAAUCCUGUUUCUCAAAUGUCCCAAUGUCGAAGGUACAUGUAUAAGGCAAUGUCAAAUUCUACUUUCAAAAUUGUACGCGUAUUUGUAUUUUCUUUGGAAUGCAAAAGGAUAAGGUCGGGAUGAGUUGUAACAACAAUCUCGCGGGGAUCAUGACUUGCUGGUGAUUCAUUGACAUUUUUUGAAUAUGCUCGAAAUACGUUUACCAUUCAGUUUCCGUAAGCUUCGUCAUAGUCUUGAUUGUAAUGAAUUGGACUAUAUCGCAGAUUUGAAUGUAUCUUUUAUUAACAGUUUUACACCGCUUGACAUCCUUCAACUGCAUAUAUAAAUAUAUUGACGGAAAUUUUAAGAUAAUUACUGGUCAUAAGACCAAUAUGAGCAAGUAAAGACAGACAAUACAUUACUAUACUUCCGAAAAAUAAGCCUUUAUUCUAUGUGUUGGUUCGCUAGGAAUUAUGCCGAACCUUUGUUGUAUGAGAGUACCUCAAAUGCCAGAAAUAUUUUGUGUCUACCUUAUUGUCAAUUUAAAAUGAAUGAUAAAAGUAAAAUAUCGUCUCUAUGAAAGAUAAAUCCAGUGUAUUCUUGAAAUUUAGGGCCGACAACAGCAGGAAAGUGGUAAAACAAUAACACUAAGCAAAUGUAAUCAAAGUGUGUGAUUAUUUGCAAGAAGGGAAUUGAAGCUAAUUAGAUACAGUGAAACUUAAGCUGAUUUUAUAUUCUUAAGUAUUUUCUAGGAUUCAAAGGACGAACAAUUACUGAGUGUCGUUAUAUCCGUAUAAACUACGACAUAAAUCUCGCUGGCAAAUGUGUUUCCAUGGCAACCUCUUUGCAUCAAUAUCGCGUUUCUUCGCAGCCAUGUUUAAAAGGGGAAUGGUUUUUAAUUUCAUCAUAAAGUUUAUUAAGUAGUCAAGAAUUGAAAGUACCUUUAUCAUGAUGCCAUUCGUAACAAACCUUGGGCGUUUGAUGGACUAUCAUUGACAAAACAUAAACAAUUGGAUACAAAUACACCCUUAAUACUUUAGGGCGUUUUUAAUUUUAAACGAAACGGUUCAUGUGCGCUUGACAAAUAAAACGAAUCGUGGAACUUGACAUUCGAUUCACAAAUUUGAAAAAUUGUUAUGAAAGAAAUUAUUGAUCUUUUGCUGGGGUAGUUAAUUGGAACAAAAGUCAAAUAUACAUAAUGUACCGAUAGAAGAAAUAAGGCAAGCGUUCCUGUUAUAAAAUCACAAGUUUUCGCGAAGGGUUUAUUUUCACUAUAUUCAUUAACUGUGCGUUUUCGGGAAAAUAAAUGUUUGUGAAAGUACCGAUAUUAUUGUUUUAAAUACUUCUGUUAUUUCAAGAUUUUCAUACUAUCGUGAACAUUUCACCUUAUGGACCCAUUCCAAUUGCAAUAUAAUAGCGAAUUUUGAGUCUCUCAAAAAUACCUGACUACACGGUAGAGCGGGACCUAAAGCAUUGAAAUCGUAUUGUGUAAUUUUUAUAUAUAUUCUUUCCUAAUUUUUGUUUUAGCUGUAACAUCGAUGUAAAAUUAUGGAACUAAACUACUUUGAUUUGUAGUAGCUAAACCAUAGAUAUAUAAUAUUGUUAAUAAGAUACUGUUUGAUUCAUAUGUUUUAAAUGAAUAUCAUGUCAGUAUUCUAAAAAAGUCUCUUAAAUAUAAUUGAAACUCAAUAUUUCGAGCUCGCUAAUCUUAAAAUUCCGUCUUUCUCGAAUACAUUUUCAAGUCCCGUUCGGAAAAAACAUCCACAAAAUAUUAUUUUAAGUCGAAUUUCGGUUAUCUCAAACUCAAACGCUUGAUCCUUUGGAAUUCAAAAUAUCAAGUUUUAUCUGUAUAAUAUAAUGUCUCAGAAAAGAACUUUCAACAUCUAGUGAUAUUUUUUUUUCUGUUUUGAUUCCAAUUAACAGAAAGUGUUCAGAUGAUAACCACACUAACGCCGGUUAUGGACUAUAUCGUGUUCCUUAUGCUGAAAGAUAUUUCAUGGAUAUCAUGAAUCAAACAGUUUCUGUUUUGUCAUUGUUCGAGCUGUUAAAACUAUUAUAUAGUGUGACAAUGUAUAUUAUAUGUUGAUUGUUUUACUUCUUUAUUGUUAGAAAUAUUAUAAUGUCUGUUAAAGCCAUGGUAGCUGUUUCAAAGGAAGGGGUUAGACUCUUGGUCCCUUUGCGAACAGCUGCUAUUUAAAUGUUAUAAUAAUGCAUAAUAAUUAAUCAUUCCAUUUUUUUCUCAGCGUUCAUUUGAUUAAAGCAUUAAAAAGAGAAA